AUCAGCGUUGCCAAACGGCGUCGUCUAUAAACAUAUGUAGGUACAACUACCACACCAACAAGACAAGCACACAUUGGCAGAAGAAGAAUGAGCUUGGCAUCCAAGACCGUUUGCGUUACAGGAGCUUCAGGCUACAUAGCCUCAUGGAUAGUCAAACUCUUGCUCCAGCGUGGCUACACGGUCAAAGCCACCGUCCGUUUUCCUGAUGACCCAAAGAGGACUGAACACUUACUUUCCCUUGAUGGAGCUAAGGAGAGACUUCACCUAUUCAAGGCAGAUCUAUUGAAAGAAGGCUCAUUUGAUUCUGUGGUUGAUGGGUGUGAAGGUGUAUUUCAUACCGCCUCUCCCUUUUACCACAAUGUCAAGGACCCACAGGCAGAGUUGAUUGAUCCAGCAGUAAAUGGGACACUCAAUGUUCUUGGGUCAUGUGCAAAAACACCAUCUAUACAGAGAGUGGUUUUGACCUCUUCUAUUGCUGCAGUUUCUUACAAUGGCAAACCACGAACUCCUGAAGUGGUUGUUGAUGAGACUUGGUGGUCAAGUCCCGACUAUUGCAAAGAAAUGGAGAUGUGGUAUGUUCUUUCAAAAACAUUGGCUGAGGAAGCUGCUUGGAAAUUUGUGAAGGAGAAGGGUAUUCAUAUGGUUACAAUAAACCCAGCAAUGGUUAUUGGUCCUCUCUUACAGCCCACACUGAAUACAAGCUCUGCUGCAAUCUUGGAAUUGAUAAAUGGUGCAGAAACAUAUCCCAAUACUUCACUUGGGUGGGUUAAUGUGAAAGAUGUUGCCAAUGCACAUAUUCUAGCACUUGAGAAUCCUUCAGCUGAAGGAAGGUAUUGUUUGGUUGACAGAGUUGCACACUACUCCGAGCUUGUGAAGAUAUUGCAUGAACUUUAUCCAACUCUUAGACUUCCGGAAAAGUGUGCGGACAACAAGCCAUUUGUGCCAAUUUACCAGGUGUCGAAAGAAAGAGCCAAAAGCUUGGGUGUUGUAUUUACUCCCCUGGAAGAAAGUCUCAGGGAAACUGUCCAAAGUUUGAAGGAGAAGGGAUUUCUCGGAACGUCUGUGGCUCUGUGAUGAGAAAUGUUUUCCGUUCUGCUUAAUUUCUUUUUGUGUUAUUGUGACUCUUUUUUUUGUAAUUUUUGAGAGAAUGAUGUUUUAGUGUGGUAAGAGUACUUGGUUUGCUUUUUAUGAUAUACGGAGUAUGUGUUAAGAGAAUGAUGUCUUGGUGUGGUAAGAAUGCUGUUAUAAUUGUUCUUUGUUAAAAACAGAAUUGAGUUUAAAUUCUGUCAUUAGGGUUGUUCACCACCCUAUUGUCACAAAUUGAAUAAUGUUUGGACUGCUAUAUAAUAUGCAGAUGUUCAUAAUUAGGCUACGGCCUA